AUGACGCCCCCAACCCAAGACCAAGAAGAACCGCGCCCAACAGCCCUCAUAACCGGCUGCAGCGCGCAAGGCAUCGGCUCCGCGCUGGCCCAAGCCUUUCACGCGCGGGGGUUCCACGUCUUCGCCACGGCGCGCUCGCUCCCCAAGAUGGCCCACCUCGCCGACCUGCCCCACGUGACCCUCCUGGAGCUGGACGUGACCUGCGCCGCGCAGAUCGCGCGGGCGGUCGCCGCCGUGCGCGCCCACACGUCGGGAAAGCUCGACUACCUGGUCAACAACUCGGGCUUGCCGCUGGUGCGGCCCGCGCUGGAGACGUCGCUGGCCGAGGCGCAGGCGCUCUUCGACGUCAACUUCUGGGGCGCGGUGCGCGUGACCCAGGCGUUCAGCGGGAUGGUGGUUGCCGCCAGGGGGUGUGUGGCCAAUAUCGCGAGUCUGGGGGGGAAUAUGCCUGUUGUUUGGAAUGCGUUCUAUGCCGCCUCUAAAGCUGCUCUGAAAUCCUACGGCGAGACGCUCCGGUUGGAGCUGGCGCCGUUCGGGGUCCGGGUCGUCACGGUCAUGUCCGGCGUGGUGCGCACGCAGAUCUUUGAUAAGCAUCCAGACCUGCAGUUUCCGGGGUCGAUGUAUGAGCCGGCUACAGACGGGGUGCGCAGGAUGGCGGCGGGGGAGUCGGUCAAGGAUCCCAUGGCGCCGGAGGAGUAUGCGCGCAGGGUGGUGGAGGAUUUGCUGGGUGGGAAGUCCGGGUUGGUGUGGCGCGGGAAGAUGGCGUCCGUUGGGUGGUUUUUGACGACGUGGAUGCCGACUUGGGUUUUGGUGAGUUUCUUUUUUCCUUUGGCAUUCUUUGGGGCGGGGGCAGGCUGA